CAUAUUAAGUUUAUAUCUUAAUGAUCAACUUAAAUAUUUGCAAAUCCCAAAUUGAUCAAAAAAUAUUUCACUAAUCAUUCAUACGCCAUGAGAAACUCUUCAUUAUUUUUCUUUCUAAUCAUAUACAUAUCUCUACAAUUUCAUAUACAUCCAUCAAAUUCACAACAACCAUAUGAAAAGAAUAACCAACUAAACUGUAGUAAUGACAUAAACACACAUGGAUACCAAUGCGAUAGCUCAUCAAACUCUUGUUUAUCCUAUAUCACCUUUAGAUCACAACCACCCUCGUAUUCGACCCCUCCAAACAUCGCCUUUCUCCUCAACUCUAGUGCUUCUCAAAUCGGAGACCUCAACAACAUCUCCGAGUUGGAUCCCAUACCAUCAGGCCGUCCUGUCAUUGUUCCUGUCCCUUGCUCCUGCACGAGGACACGAACGAAUGAUUUGUAUUUUCAGCAUAAUGCACAAUACAAAUUGCAAGUCCAAGGUGAAACAUAUUUUUCAACAGCAACUAAAAUAUAUCAAGGGUUAACUACUUGUCAAUCUUUGAUGGAUCAGAAUAAAUUCAUCUUUAAUAAUCUAACUGUUGGGGAACAGCUGGUGGUGCCUAUCAGGUGUGCCUGUCCAUCUGAUCAGCAGAAGGCUAGAAAUUAUAAGUAUUUGGUGUCAUACCUUGUUACACGAGGUGAUAGUUUUUCUAUGAUUGCUAAUAUGUUUAGGGUUGAUCAGCAGAGUAUUUUAGAUGCUAAUCAGCUUGAAUUAACUGAUACAAUCUACCCUGCUACUACCCUUUUAGUGCCUCUAAAAUCAAUUCCUACUCGAAUAAACCUGCAGUCGACUCCAUCAGCUCCAACACCUGAUAUGCCUCCUGUUACUCCUAAUACCGGUAGUAGCGAUUCUUCGAAAAAUAAGGAGAUUAUAGGAAUAGGUAUUGGAGUUGGAAUUUUAGUAAUUGCUCUUAUUUUCUUCUUCGCUUGGUUCUUCCUAAUCCGACCUUCCAAGAAGAAACGGUUUAUUGGCUCUAAAGCAGAGGAAAAAGUUGUCAGAACACCUGAUUCGUCGUCUGUUUUCACACCCUUACCAACAUCUUUUACUACUUGUUCUCAGAUCAAUAAUAAUUCUGGCACUAAUUCUAAAUCAGGGUACGCCUAUUCAGAAGAUUUGAAGCUGGCAAUUGGGUCGUUGACUGUUUACAAAUAUAAAGAUAUUGAUAGAGCAACCGCGAAGUUUAGUGAAGGGAAUAGGAUUACAGGUUCUAUGUUUAAAGGUGAAUUUAAUGGGGAUCAAGCAGUAAUCAAGAUUUUAAAAGGUAAUGUUCCAAACGAUGAGAUUAUGAUUUUGAAGAAUAUUAAUCACUCGAAUAUAAUUCGUUUAUCAGGGUAUUGCAUCCAUGAGGGAAACACAUACCUUGUAUUCGAAUAUGCUGAAAAUGGUUCACUGGAUAAUUGGCUAUUUCGAUCACAAAAACAAGCACUUAUAGAUGAUGAUGAUGAUUCAGACUGUUUACCUGUUCUUACAUGGAAACAGAGAGUUCAAAUAGCGUUUAAUGUAGCUGAUGCCUUAAAUUACAUACAUAGCUAUAUUGAUGAUCCUUACGUUCACAAGAAUGUAAAGAGUAGUAAUAUAGUUUUAGACAGCAAUUUUCGAGCAAAGAUCACAAAUUUCGGGCUUGCUAGACCUAUCGAAAAUGAUAGUGAAAGAGGAGCAUUACAUAUGACUAAACACGUAGUUGGAACUCAUGGUUACUUAGCUCCUGAGUACAUAGAAAAUGGGGUGGUCACCACGAAAUUAGAUGUGUUUGCUUUCGGGGUUGUAAUGCUCGAGUUAUUGUCUGGAAAACCGGCUAUUAGACCAUCAGCAACUCACUACAGUGAUGCUGAUGGGUUGUUGUUUAUGGAGAUAAAGAAAGUGUUCGAGGUCGAAGAUGUGAGGGAGAAGCUGAUGGGAUUUAUGGAUUGUAAUCUAAGAAAAGAGUAUCCAUUGAAUUUGGCGUACACAAUGGCUCAAUUGUGUUACAAAUGUGUGGAUGCAGAUAUGAAUUAUAGACCUUCUAUGUCUGAAGUUUCAAUGACUCUUUCAAUGAUUUACGCUUCAUCAUUGGAUUGGGAUUCAUCUGAUGAUCUAACAAAUUCAUCUUCACUUAGUCAUACUUGAUUCAAGGAUAAGAAUGGAGAAUCCUUUAUAGGUAAUGGGGGAAGGGAAAUUAAUUCUCUGUAGUUGGUGAGAAUCAACCGUAUUACAAGGGUGAACAACGAAUCUUCAACCAUUGGGCAUUUUUUUUAUCUUGGAUAUUUUAUUAGUGAACACUUUUGUGACAUUGAUAUAUGCUUAAAAAGCAGUUGAUGUACUUAUACGCUAUUAUUAGCGAAGUUUCAUGUAAUACUUGUUUAAUUUCUGUUUAAUAAUGCAAAAUUUAGCCAAAAAAACAAUUGUCCACCUAAAAA